AUGUUCCGACCUGCAACUCGAUUAAUUGCCUCUAAUGCGGCGCGCGCCGUCCCUCGCGCCGCCGCGCCUGCGCGACGAUUGAUAUCCACAGCGCCUCCCGCGCAGAAGUCAAGAAGUUGGAAGAGCUUGUUCGCGCGCGUCGGCGCUGCUGGCGCGAUAAUAUACUACUACAACACUGCGGAUGUCUGGGCUGAGGAACCGAGACCAGGUGUUGUAGCAGCUCUGCCUAUCGCAGACGAAGAGACCGAGCAGCUUCCCACCAUCGACGAUGUAGCUGCGGCCCGCCUCAAACGCAAGGCGGAGCGGGAAGCCAUCGAAGCUCAGUUGGCGGCGCAGCAGCAAGCACAGCAUCAGAAGCAGGCUGCCACCGACGCGAAUGAGACCAUUGCCGCAGCGGGAAGCGUAGAGGAGUUGGAGGAGGAGGCCGGGCAGCAGGGUGCCUUCAACCCCGAGACCGGAGAGAUCAACUGGGACUGCCCAUGCCUGGGUGGCAUGGCCGAUGGGCCGUGUGGCGAAGAGUUCAAGGCGGCGUUCAGCUGCUUUGUGUACAGCACCGAGGAGCCCAAGGGCAUGGACUGCAUUGAGAAGUUCAAGGACAUGCAAGGCUGCUUCCGCAAAUACCCCGAGGUUUACGGCUCGGAGCUUGAGUCUGAUGCCGACGAUGACGAGGACGACCUUUCGGCAGAAGGAGCGCCUGCGACUGCUGUAGCGGAUGCACAGUCCACUGGCGGACCUCUGAGCUCAACUUCAUCAGCAAAAGAUUCCGGCCUCGUACCCGACGAAUACCGACCCAGCGGCGCGACAGACGGCGCGAACAAGGCGGCUGACCAAGUGAACCGGGACCACGAGCACACGAGCGAGAGCGAGCAGCUGGUACCGAAAGCAGCGCAUGAUGCGACCGGCGCCAACGUGGAGAAGAAGUGA